UUAAUCAUCCCGAGCAAACAUGGGAUCGAUCGUGGCCACAGCAGCUAUUCUUUUAUUCUGCGUCCUUUCGGGCGAAGCCUGUAGGUAUUGUGUCCCUAUGGAGAAGUGCUUAAUACUAAGUCGAAAACUAAAUAGUUGCCCAUUUAAUCACGUCUGUUGUGACAUUAUCAUAAAGAGUCCUUAUAUCCCUAGCGGACCGAAUGAGGAAUCCGAUUCUGAGUCUGCAUCAUCUUCUACAGAAGAGGAAAACAUACCAACCUUUAUCUAUUUUCCAACGAGACCAACAGUCUCAAGUGAGCCCCAAAACAAUGUUUCUACGGAACCUGAUGUACCCAUUACUUAUUGGCCACUUAAAGGAUCGGGCGCCCCAACAAAUGAUGGUGCGCAAGCUGAGCAACCAAAGCCAACUGAACGGACACAGCCAGGAGGCAGGUGCAAUACGACUGGUCUAUAUUCCUGGGUGGUAGCCCUAUUUUACGAAGAAGUUUACUUGACCGGCGGCUCACUAAUUAGUCCAAAAGUGAUCCUAACGGCAGCCCACAACACAAUGAACAAAAUGAAUGAAGAUAGAAUUGUGGUUAGGGCCGGCGAGUUUGUCAUGAACACAACAAAUGAACCCAUUCAGUAUGAGGAGCGCGUUGUUGAAAGGAUUGUGAGACAUGAAGGAUUCAUUUUUCAGUCGGGUAUUAAUAAUGUGGCUCUUAUUUUCGUAAAAACACCGUUCGUGCUAAACGAUCGCAUUGGAGUAUUGACGUUGCCAAGCCGACAAGCGUCGUUCGAGGGACGUCGCUGUACGGUUGCCGGUUGGGACUUGGUGAGUUCCCAUGAUCAAAGCCGUAUGAGAAUUAUAAAGAAAUUAGAGUUAACCGUGUUGGACAGAACGACAUGCGUGGCUCAGUUUAGAAAUACAACUUUGGGCAGGAAUUUUGAUCUUCAUCCGAGUCUGAUUUGCGCCCGAAGUGAAAUAAACCGGGAUUUCUGCUUUGGCGGUGGAGGUUAUGCAUUGUUCUGCUCCCUCGGAGAUGAGAAUCCACACGUCUUCGAGCAGGCUGGGAUCGUCGCCUGGGGCAUGGGGUGUGGAUUGGACCUCCCGGGAAUCUACACCAAUGUGGCAAUGUUCAGAAGUUGGAUUUAUAAUAGGAUAGCAUACUUUGGCUAACGCUUAAAGAUUAUUACAUCAAUUCUUCAUUAAGAUUGUGAUUAUGCAUUAUUGUAUAAAUAUACAAAAUAAAUGAAUUUUUAAUCAAAAUC